UGACGGCUAUUCAGGUGGCUCAAGAAAAGCCUACCUCCAGCACAUUUGACAGUCAGGCACGGUCGUCGGUAACGUCUACGGGAUCAUUCAGCAUUGUGAAUAGUGCAAAUGCUCUGGAGGAGUCUGACCUUGACUUUGGUAAAGUUGGUUUGGGUUCCAGUAUCAGCACCUCUCAAAAGAGUGACGAGACUACUUCUAAAGCUACACCUUUGUUUGGAGGUUCAUCUACUUGUGGAUCGGCACCAGCCUUCGGAUCAGGCCCUGCAUUUGGGUCCGCUGCAAGCUCAAAGUCUGGAGGAAAGGGUCUCGAUAUGCCAUUUGUGAAAUUGCCUCGCGCUCCUAAAGGCACUAGAGACUCUUUGGAUUCCAACACGGAUGAUGACGAUGAUGAAAACGCCGUAGUUUCGGACAGUGACAGCUCCCCUGUUAUCAAGAAUAGAGAGGUGAAGCUCUCAACAUCUGCAGAUUUCGGAAAGCCAUCAACUGAUAACAAGAGCAGUGAGGGAGGUCUCGAAUCAUUCAGCCUGUCUUUGGGUGGAGAUCCGACAGCUUCGACUGGAGCCAAGUCAUCCCCAUGGGGUACGAGCUCAACAUCUUCAUGGGAGUCAAUCAGUAAGUCUUCAGCACCAGUGAGUGGCUGGGGAAUGACUAGCACGUUGGGCUCAGCAUUGCCAACUUCUACUACGACUCCUGCGGUGACAUCUUCAGCAACACCAGCUCUCAGCGCGUGGGGCUCAGGAGGCAGUGGUUUUGGUCUGAGCUCGCAGCUUGGAUCAACAUCUACUACGGCAUCAGGCUUUGGACAAACAUCUAAACUCGGUAGUGACACAAGUGUCUUUGGCCAAACGUCUACAUUAAGCCCUGGUUUUGGGCAAAGCUCACAGAUUGGCGGCGGUACAAGCACUUUUGGCCAGGCCUCCACUUUGGGCUCUGGCUUUGGACAGACAUCUCCAUUGGGGGCUGCAACAAGCGUAGCACCGGCCUUUGGUCAAACGUCCUCCCUAGGCAGUACUGGUACCAGUGCUGCGCCUGCAUUCGGUCAGACUUCUUCGUUGGGAGGCACAACCACUGCUACACCUGUCUUUGGUCAGGCUUCACAGCUAACAGGUUCAGGGUUUGGACAGACAUCGCAAUUUGGAACAGGGGCUGCAUUUGGACAGACGAGUCAACUUGGCUCUGGGACAGCCUUUGGACAGACAUCAGCAGUUGGAGCAGGAUCAGGAUUUGGAAGCGGAUCUACCUUUGGACAGUCCUCUACACUAGGAUCUGGAGUGGCAUUUGGGCAGACGUCUUUUGGACAGCCUUCGCAACUUGGAGGAGGGUUUGCAAAAGUACAGCCUACAUCAUUUGCGACACAGUCCAACUUUGGGUCGUUUGCAGGUUCGGGCACGAAUGCGUUCGCGGCUCUUGCCAGUAGCGGUACGAAUGUGCUCGAUCAACAAGCCAGCCAGGGUAGUGGAUUCGGUGACAGCAGCAGCAAUAACACUUUUGGAAGUGGUGGAAACACAGGCAGUAUUUUUGGAACAGGUGGAGGAUUUGGUAAUAGUGGAGGAGGAGCAUCGGUCUUUGGAAGCGGAAGCGGUUUUGAAAGUGGAGGAGGGUUUGGCGGGGCCAGUAACAGUGGUUCAGGAUUUUCCUCUUUUGGUACUGGAGGCGGAUUUGGAAGCGCUUCAGGCUUUGGGGCCGGACAAGGUGAUGGUGGUUUCGGAGCAGCAGGCAACCAACAAGGCUUUGGAGGACAGGGUACCACGCCGGCCUUUGGCACAAGCUCGAACAUCAAUACCAACAAGUCAUCUUUCCAAGGAUUCCGAUGAACGUUGUUAUGGUUCGACGCAACUAUAUUAUACCGAAGAGUUGUUAGUAUCAGCUGUAAAGCCAUCUCUACAUGAAUUGAUACUAGACGAG